UAUGGUCUAAGAAGGGUCCUUCGCACGCCACUGACUAACGACAUUAAAAUACUUCCAAUGCUACUUGAAAGUUUAAGAAUAAGGAAUAAUGGAUUCGAUAAAGUUUAAUUGGCACAAAUCAAUAAAAGGAAAUUUAAAUGUUCAAAAAAUGAUUGUGAAAGAAUGCCCAACGACUGAUUUUGAAAAGUAAACAAAAAAUGGCGUCAAGCGUUUCUGAGGACAGUUCAGAUUCCGAAAUUUUUAAAGAGAACCCUUGCCAUAUUACUAAUAAGUUUUUUACUAAUAACGAUGAGGAAAAUUUCAAAUUAGAAGACACAAACCCUCGCUUAAAUCUAGUGCAAAAAAUUACAAAUAGGCAGAUUUAUGGAAGGUUUACAAGACAUUCUAGAGCCAGUACUGAGCGUAUUUUUAAUGAUAUUUAUUACAAAUGUAGAUAUAGUUUGGAGAAUUUUAUUCCGAAAGGUGAUCCUAUGAGUCAUAUUUUUAUGGGCUUUACGUUAUGCGGUAGGUUUUUUAUCAGUUACACGACUAAGUUGGGCGAAUCUAACUCUUCCGCCGUUCUGUUUCCUUCGGUCGAAUACGUGCUCUACAUUUGGAGAUUUGUACCUGGGCAGACUUUGCGAUAUGUUGGGAAACAUCGAAUUUUUAGGCUUUUUAAAAGUUCCUUAGGACUCGAUGAGGUGAUGUUCAUGCAAUUUCCUCUCGAUCCGUACAAAAUCAUUUGUUAUGCCAUCGCGACUGGUAAUCCAUCAAUGGCCUUUUUAACUGUUCUUACGUUACCCACAAGAAAUUGCAGAAAUUGCCAAGAAUUUAUUUCGCAUGCAGAUGAAAAAUUGACGCAAGGAUGGUGUUUGAAACACGGGUUCAUGCUGAAUUUUAUGUUUACGAUGUCCCAACCGAUGCCCUCCUUCAACCCCCAUAUUUCCCUCGCAUUCCCCGAUCAUUUAGUUAUAAACACAGGACAUUGCAUUCAUAUUUUAAAUAUAUCGACCCUAGAACCGAGUAGGCCGCUAAUACAGUUUCCUACCCAGUAUAAAGAAUACGAUAAUAAGUUUCCCUCUAAUAUUGUCACGAGUAACAACAUUGAUUGUCUUAGCGAAGUCUCGGAAUCCCCUAGCGAAUUUCUUAAUACCAGUAGCGUAGUCGAUGCAAUUUUAGAAGACUUUAACGAGUAUGAUUUGGAAGGUAACGAUCAUAAUAAACCAUUUCACGAGUUAAACAUUAGCUGUGAACCCUUAAACGUAACCGGGAAAAAUUAUCACAAUGCCCUAGUUCAAAAUAUUGUAGAUACAAGACUGAAGCAUUUGCAAAAUGCUAACAAAGACUGUUUAUUCUCAGUGCCACAGACGUCGGGAUUACAGAAACCGCUCGAGAAAAUGAAGGUUGAUAAAAAAAAUGCCGAAAAAGCGUACGAAUUUACCGAAGAGAACGAAAAAUGCGAAAAACUUAGUCUAUUCCGAAAGAAACGUCUUGCCGAUAAAAAGUACGAGUUCUCCGAGGACAAUAGCGAAAAUAUUGUUCCAUUUUAUUCGUUAAGGCGCGAACGACGGUGUAUUUAUCGGUCACAAAAUUAUUGCAUUAAAUCGCCGGAGUUUAGUAACGCCCUAUUCUUAAGUCCACGUUCGUCUAGUAUAAGGUCCCCGAUGCAAUCUCCCAAUUCGCGGCACGGUCAGUUUUCGCCCGGCGGAGGACGAAAUAUUUAUUCGCCAAUCAUACGUAAUUGUCCUAUCUAUUCCAAGUCUCCCAUUAGUCCUAAAGAUACCGCUAGAAAAUUCAAUAUUUACUCACCAGGUACUGAUAGCGAUUGUUCAGAUUCAGAUUCACGACUGAUACUAAGGCCUGUGCAUAAUAUAUCUACCUCACAUUACAAUGACGUUAAAAGUCAGCUCAGUAGUGGUUUAUUAAUCGUCGAUUCGAAACGGACUGAAAAUGUUAAAUGGAUUAAGAAGAUCGUGAAGAGGUACUCCAGUGCCGAUUUUGAAAACAGUUCACUUUUAUCGGGACAAAGUAGGGACGACUACAACGUCUCGAUCGAAAUACCAGUUCUAGUUCAAACUCUUGCCGAACAAUAUUUGGACAUUGUUCCUGAAGUUAAAGCCGAUCAACUUGCGGAAACCCAACUGAUCAUAACCCAACGCACGUUCGACUGUGAUCAAUUCGUUCAGAGUAGAGCUCAGCAGCUGUGUGUCGAUGCGAAACUCGAAUUUUUGCAUUGUGAAGAUUACGACAUCAAAAUACUUCAUAUUUGCCCAUUAAAUGGGCAUAUCGUUUGUAAAGCUGUGAUAACAAUAGUUGCGCUUCAAGAUUUGGUACCUUACUGCAGGCGAAAUAUUUAUAUAGCGGAUUGUAUUUUCACGUGGAAUAUUGCCGAUAAUACGUUUGAAGUAAUCGAGCCUCCUAUGAAAUUUAAAUUGCAAACGCAGUGGUUUAGUACUGAUGUUCCUCUAGUAAAAAUUCCUUCCAUUGUACAUAAGAAAGUUCUCGUAAUGGAUCAGCUUUUUGAAGAAUCGAAGAGGAGUCUCAGGGAUUACAAUAAUUGCUUUGAAAUUUGUAUGGACAGCAUGCGAUUUUAUUCGGGUAGCCCUAUUUCAAACGAGGAAUAUUUUGACGAAUAUUCAAUUCCCAGUGAAAGUGAUUAGGAGAAAGGUGAUAAGUGCAUACUUGUAAAUAGUAUAAUUUAGAUUUUAUUGAAAAUUCGUAAAUCGGUGUCUGUCCAAUUUUAAAUCCGAGCAGCAAUACUCAAGUGUACGAAGAUCUGAUAAUUUUCGAGAAACCACUGUGGUAUAGUUUGUAUUGUUUAAUAAGUUUGUCUGUGAUGUAAAGUUGUGAGAACUUAAAGUAAACUUUUAAAAUUUG